AUGAGCGAUUUGUGGGUCAAACACUGCGGGAUUAGUCACACGGGCAGCUUCAAGGACCUGGGCAUGAACGUCUUGGUCAGCCAGGUCAAUAGGCUGCGUAAAAUGAACCGCCCGUUCGUCGGCGUGGGCUGUGCCUCCACGGGUGACACGUCUGCCGCCCUAUCCGCCAUCAAUACUGAUUUCGAUGGUUGUAUGCAGUUGAUUCGUGAGGUCACGGUUGAGCUGCAUGUUUACCUGGCUAAUUCAUUGACAAGCUUGAGGCUCGAGGGCCAGAAAACCGCCCCCAUUGAAAUUCUGCAGCAGUUUGACUGGCAGGUGCCUGACUGGGUGAUUGUCCCUGGUGGAAACCUUGGAAACAUAUAUGCCUUCUACAAAGGCUUCCGUAUGUGCAAGGAACUCGUGCUCGUGCAUAGAAUUCCAAGGCUCGUGUGUGCUCAGGCCGCGAAUGCUAAUCCUCUUUACUUGCAUUACAAAUCUGGUUGGAAGGACUUUAAGGCCAUGAAGGCUGAACCACCAUUUGCACAGGCAAUUCAGAUUGGGGACCCUAUUUCUAUUGAUAGGGCGAUUUAUGUUUUAGUUUUUUCUUGGAUGGAUUUUAACUGA